AUGGCGGCCGGUUGUGUUCAAACAAGCUCUGUUGGUUUCCUUAAAAACAACUUAAAUGAAUGGGAUCUUGAUGAAAUUUUCCGCUAUAAAGACAAUGAAUGCUUCGUCUUUGAUAGAAAGCGUAUUAGAUGGACGGACAGCCUUGAAAUGUUGAAAAUAUUCACCAAAUGUGCCAUUGCUCAGACAGGCAUAUGGUCGUCACCCGGAGGCAAAUAUAGGCGAUUUACAAGCUCCAAUUCUGAUUUGAUCCUCAGCUGGAAUUACGAGAGAGGUUUUCUAUCAUUCCAAGAGAAAACAGGUGACUGUUUAAAUGAACUUUUUAUUAAUAUUUGUACGAAUAAGGAAAGCCGGCCGGCGUAUUAUACGGGCCCAGAGUCAGUCACUUCAAAUACUGCCUCUGAGAACACGUCAGAUAAAAACAAAUCGUUGUAUGAUGGACAAAAUGAGCAUAAAAUACCCAGUGACCAUG